AUGAGAGUCAUUACUCACUUAAUUGAGAAUGAUAGCUCCAUCUUUACUACACAGGCCUCUCAAGCGGCAGCCCCAGCCCCAGCCCCAGCCCCAGCGCCUACGACUUUCAGCAAACCGCAAUCUAGCAACGACAACAGACGACCUACUUCUCCUAUCAGUCGUCCAAAACCAGCCAGAAAGCCAUCAAGUUCAUUCAGGGAUACCCCUAGGUCAGAGAAUCGCGAGGAGGAAGUCUUGAAUAGCAGGGACACAGAUGACAAUAACUUAGGACAUCGGUUUGAUGCGCAGGAAACUACUAAUUCAGACAGACCUUCACCUCUGCAGAAUUCUCAAAAGGAAGAAGAAGAAUCCAAUGCUUUCAACAGACCACAGACUCCUAAUCGUCCUUCGAAACUCGUUAAAUUCUCUAGACCAGUGGGCCUAACUCCUGCUUCAGAGGGUCAAGAUAAAGCAGCACUAGAUGCCCAAGAGACGGUGGAGGCAAGACCAAACACUAUUAGUACGCCUAAGGCCCUGGAGAGACCGAGACCAGGGUCUUCCUUCCGUCCCACAAAUCCAAGGCCACUCAAUAGACCGGAACCCGAAGAUCCUGAGGUCACUGAACAAGAAACAGAACAGGAACAGGUACAGCCAAACAGACCAUCAUUUCUGAACAGAUCCUUACAGCAAAGAAAACUGACCCCAUCAAAUCCCUCUGGUCAGCCUCCCCCAGAAGAGGAGCCAAGUCAGUCUCAGCCAAAAGAGGAAACAAGAACCAACAAAUUAAUUAGAUCAGGACCUCUGAUUCGCUCUGGUGCAAACAGAGACAAUUCUAGGCCUAUCCCAGCCAUCACUGAAGAACCAGAGCAAGCCACAGCUACUAGAAGUAAAAGAGAACCUGAGGGCAGUGAUGCACUUCCCCAAGCAGAGCAGGAUCUAGAUCAGGUAGUUUCAGAUUCCGUUCUUAAUCAACAAACUCUGAAAGAAGAGACCUCCCCUCUCUUAAAAGCUGAUGGGCCUGCUGCAUCACUUGCCAAACCCGCAGGGCCAAAGGUUAUUGGAAAUGGCUCGCCUAUCCGUAAAAUUAAACUAAUAAGACCGAGGGAAAAUAACAAAAGCCCACAACCCAAGAAUCAGGAACAGCCAGUGACAGUAACCGAACCCGAAGAACCUCAGGAAAUUUCUGUAGGCACAACAGUCGCUCCACCAACAACACGAUCUCAAGCAACUCGUGGCAGAACUCGUAACACUCAGGGGGCUACAGCGUCCAAUUCUCAGAGAAGAACAGAUACAAACACUCAGCAAAGCCAAGGAAGUGCAAGAGGCAGGACUCGGUUUACACAGGAGAACGCUGUAGAUAACGCACAAAGCACACAAGCAGCAUCUAGGGAAAGAGCAUCAUCAGGAAGAGGAAGAACGAGGUCCCGGUCGAGGCCUGUGGUAAACGAGCCAGCUGAAAUUGUAUCUUCUCAGGAGGCACAGCAGCCAAAUGUACUGUUACAUGAACCAUCCAAGCUCCCAUCACCAGUUGUCAAAAAUGAAGAAGUGCUACUCGAGGAAGUUGCUAAAACAAGUGAUGCCCCGUUCGUGAAUGAUGAUAAAAUCAUGGAGGCUGAUAAAGAAAUGGAGAAGGUAAUGCCAGAAGAUGUUGCCACUCUGCUUGAGAACGUGAGAGAGACCGAAAAUAUUGUAUCUACAGGAGCCCCAGUAGUGCCAGAAGAAAACUUCAUAAACGAGCAGGAAGAAUUGCCAGUACCCGAGGAGACCCAAGCUCCAACUUAUCUGCCAACAGGAGACCAAAGUUAUCUGCCCACAGAAGACCAAAAUGUAGCUCAGCCUGAAGCGAGCAAACAGGCCAACGAUGAAACUGAUACUGAGAAAAUGGCAGACCAGCUCUCUGCAUUGGGACAGAGUCCUAAAUUAGUCCCUUCAACUCGACACGGUUCUCAGUCCAGUCCAGCAGAAGCAUUUGCUGUGCCAGAAUUGCCUAGAGUAACAUCCCAGCCCCAGAUAACAAGAGAAUCAGUGCAAAUCCAAGAACCACAGCCAUUUACAAGACAGCGUUCCGAGCCACAGGAAUCAACGAGGCCGAGAACGGCUGCAGAAGCAGCGACAAGACAGAGAACUAGUCCGGCAACUGGACAAACAGCUACAAGAUCAAGGGGACGACUGACUGCCCGAGACCGAUUAGCUUUAACAAGCUCAGACAAUUAA